AAUUUUCCUGUACUCGUACGUAAUCCGUUUCAAAUAGACGGAUAAAGGGAAGUGUUAUAUAAACAUAUUUCUUUACUCAUUUCAGAAUGAAUGUAUUCCACUUUAUGCAUAUUUUGCUCCUGAUUUGUGCAAGUAUUGGACAUAUUUGGUCAGAACAGGCUUGUGACGCACACGAUUCGCAGGCACUUAUGUUGAGGCUGAGACAACUGAAGACAGAAACUGAAAUCAAAUUCAAGGAAGUUACGACGAGGAUCGAAUAUCUAGAAAAUGAAUUAGCAGAUCAAAAAGAUGGAGAAUGGUCCACCUGGGGCGACUGGAGCACUUGCAGCGAAAGUUGUGGAGGAGGCACUCAAUCCCGAAAUCGCUCUUGUACAGAUCCGGCACCAUCAAAGUUCGGGAAACAAUGUUUGGGUAGCAGUGAACAAAUAACCCUAUGCAAUAAGCAGCAAUGCCCUGACGCCAACGUAGCAUUUACCGCAACUAACAUUGACAAUAGUACAUAUGGAGAGUCAGGUAUAAGGUUUCCAAACGUCCUGGUGAACAUUGGUAAUAACUAUGACAGCGCAUAUGGUACAUUUACAACUUCUAUACCCGGGCUGUACCAUCUGGUUGUCGUAUUAACACUAGAUCGUUCAGGCCGCCAUACAGCUUCUUGCCAGUUGUGUGUCAAUGGGGUUGCACAUUUUAAUAUAUACAUGAAGCGAUAUGACGACAACUACUCCUCCAUAGCUGCAGGAACAUUUAACCUCAAGAGAAAUGACGUCAUACACCUUUGUUCUUGUAAUGGCACACAGUACAUGAACAAAGGUAAUACAAAUAUGUUUACGGGAUUCCUUAUCAAACCUCUUUAAUACGAGUUGCCGGCAGCAUCUUAUUGUAAAUGUUGUGUUUCUGUCAAGUGAAUAACGAUGCAUGUGUCUUAACCAUAUCUUACAUUAAUUUGAAAUGUCUUUGAUUCAUCCAAUCUUCACGUAACUGGGAUAAAAAGUGAUUUAUUUACUUUCGAUGUCAAUUUUGUUUCACUGCAUUCAACAUUUGUUAAUAAACAUAGUGUAGCGGUUGCACCAUGUCAGCAUGGGGUUUUGUAGAAUAUUUGGUGAAAUGUUGUUAUUGUUAAUAUCUUUACCGCAUUGUUAGAUACCUAAACUCGUAAGAAAACGUCUUUCCAAACAUUCCUCAUUUAUAUGCAUUUAUAUCGGGUAUAAUGCAAGAUACCUUCAUCACGCUACAGCAUGUAUGUGCAUGUAUUCAUGUCAAUAACCGAUAUAAAUAUAUAAGGGGAACUUGUCUUCAUUUUAUUCUCCUUUUGGUAACCUGAUACGAAAUUUAGUCUGAAGUUAACAUUUUGAGAUAUAAAUUCCUUCUAAAAAGUAUAUUUGCGUUACUGGGUGGGUUUUCCAACAACUGAUAGUUACAGAGAGAGAUAUUGAGAGAGAGAGAGAGAGAGAGAGAGAGAGAGAGAGAGAGAGAGCACUAACAAUAAUUUAUAACGUUUAAAGGCACCUAUGUCCAUGCACAAAUCGAAAUUUUAUUCAAAUUGAUGACUAUCUACCGAUACUGCAAAUUGCUCAAAACAUGACUUAUCACAUGUCAUAAAUAGCCACAAGCAGAAGGAACAUUGGGUUUUCAUCAGAUGUAAGAUAGAUAAAAACAAUUUAUACCAGACCGCUUGACCAGAGUUACUUACAUAAACUUUCAGAGAGCAUGUGUGAAUGUUAAGUUUGGAAUUUUAUAGGUCAAAAUGAGUUACAAUAUAUAAAUAAAACGUUAAUACGUCGAAGGUGUCAGUCAGUUUAAUAUAUAAGUUUAAGACAGUUAAAAAGAGGAAAAGUGAAUACACGAUUGUUAUGUGAGGAAGUCAACAAGUAUAACUUAAGAAUACAAUAUCCCAUUAAAACAUUGUAGCAGAAUAAAACAUUUGCCGCAUAGAUAGUUUUACCGAUUGCGGCACUAGCGAUGGAAGAGAUUAUUGUAUUAUUUGGUCCUAGUGCAGAUAAUAAAUAUAUAUGGGUCAAAUCUGGGAUGUUCUAAUUGAGCUUAUAUUCUUGUAACAGUAACUCACCUCAGAUUUCUACUGAAAGAAUGUUACAAGAUUGCCACACACAUACAUAUUUCUAUAGUUACACAGUUCUAUAAACAUUGAUGAAAUUGAGUCUCUUAUGGUAGCUUUCUUCUUUUUAGAAUGAGUGAUGUUACUUAUGAUAUUAGAAAAUGCCAGGUAAACUCACAUUUUAAAAGAAAUUUAACGAUAUUUAGAUCACCUUGAAACUUUUAGUUUGUUUGCCUUUGUGUUACUAGAAAAAAUACGGUUUGAAUAGAUUAUAUAUUGUUUAGGCCACGAUUAAGAUGUGCACUAAACGCCAUACCUACAUACUUACUUGAUUCCGAUUAUAAAGAUAAUGAUGACAGUGGAAAUGCUAAAUGAACUUUUAUAAUGUAUUGCAACCUAAAAACCAUGGUAUACCUAUUGUUAGCUUAAUG